AUACAACCAGGAAGUCGGGUUUCACCAUUUGACAUGUUGUAUAACUAGGCUCUCGGCAACUUAUUUCUUUUCUGAGAAAUACUUCAACAAUAUACAAAGCCACACGCCUUUGUUCUCACUACAGGAUUGGUUUGUGAAAUAUUAUCUAUAAUACUUUCAUUGUUCAACCACGCAAGAUUUCAAAUAGUUUGACACUUACAUUUGAAGUUAAAAGUAAUCGAAUUUGCAGUAUGGAUCUGAUCGAGGGGUCAUGUUGUGUCGUGACAGUCUCGCAGCCUGCUUCUGAACAGCGAGGCUUUAGUUGUAGCGGAGUCAUCCUUAAUCAUCAUGCAGGAAUCAUCAUUUGCAACGGAUUUCCAUUUUCUCGUUUUAUGAACCACAAGUCACCUGUUGACCUACACAGUAGGUUUUUGUUACCAGACACCUUUACUGCCAACCUCGACAUCCUGAUACAUUCACCUGCACGGAAAAAAGUGAAAAAAGACUUGAUCCCUAACAUCAACUCUGCUCCCCAUAAAGCCAAGGUGCUGAUGCUCGUCAACUGCUUGGAGUUCAACAUGGCUUUUCACACAAUUUUCCAAGAGUCAGACAGCUGGAAAUUCCACAAUGACGACGGCAUGGAAGAGCUGAUAAAAGAGUCCAGGUUUCUUAGCUGGUUUGCUGUCCUGAAGACAGAUUUCGAGGACAGUUGCCGAAGUUCAAUAAACAUCCCUUAUGCAAAAAGUUCUUCUCUUCGCAAAGGAUCCGCAGUCGUUGCAUGUGGCUCACCCUUUGGGUCCCUCUGCCCAGACCUCUUCACGAACACCCUCAGCACGGGCAUAGUCAGUAACUUAUGCGGGGAGGACAAUGCGGUUAUUCUCACGGAUGCCCGGUGCCUGCCCGGUACUGAGGGCGGGGGGCUUUUUGUGAUGGAAAGCGAUGACCACGCAAGCCUGGUUGGGGUCAUCGUGUCUUCACUGUGCUGGAAAGGAGUGGAGUGGAUCGGUCUCACCUUAGUUUGUUCUGUCCAAGUUAUUUUGAGAAACAUAAGGGACAUAACUGACAGGAGAAACGUAGAAUCUACACUGACGGCACUGAGCUGUCUACAUGGAAGUGCACCGGAAGGCCUUCGAGGCUUGAGCACAGCGUCGUCCUCCUUUUCCUCUUCCAAGUUGAGGAAAUACCCCACUGUGUGCUUGAUUGAAAGUGGACAGUUUUGGGGCUCUGGUGUUUUGGUCGCAUCUCGUCUGGCGCUUACCUGUCGACAUGUCGUCAACGGAAAGAAGACUGUUACUCUGAAGUUCCAUCACAAGGGCAGGUUCCAUGUUGUCAUGGGUGAUGUGCUAUUUUCCACAAAGCCGUCUUCCUCCUAUGAUUUUGCUGUGGUACAGCUGAGAGACUCUGCUCCUGAGGUGGUGGUUCCACCGGUGGCCAAGUCCUUUCAGCCAGGCGAGGAGGUAGUGGUAGUUGGGUAUGGCGGACUUGGAAAGAGCUGUGGUCCUUCGUUGACUGGCGGCAUCCUAUCUAAAGCCGUCAACUGGGAUCGCACACCUGUGAUGCUGCAGACGACGUGUGCAGUACAGGCGGGCGCCAGCGGGGGCGCUGUGGUGCGGAAACACUCCGGGGAGUUAUUGGGCAUUGUAGCCAGUAACACCAGGGACUGCACGGCCAACGUGACCUACCCUCACCUGAACUACAGCAUCCCAGCGACGGUCUUCCAGCCCCUGCUGGAGCGCUUCAGCCAAUCAGGAAACACGGAGGCCUUCAGGGAGCUAGACGCCUCAGACGCUGGCGUCCGGAGGGUCUGGAGGCUCCAGAAUGCUCAGAGCAAACUCUGACCUGAUCAGCAUAAGGACUAACACAGUGGUAUCGGAACUUGGCUUGCUGGAGAUGAUUUGCUGACAUCCGAUUUCCAACUCUUAAUUCCUGCAUUUGUCAAUAAUUGUCCUGCCUGAGGAAUAAACAUUUGCACAUAGUAA